UCCUUUCUCUUCUCUUUUUUUCCGAAAAUUUUCCCUCUUAUUGAUAUAUUAUAAAAACUUUUAAACUUUAAAUUGCUCUCCUUCCAUUAUUACUCAGAGUUCGAAUUUCUCUCUCUCUCUCUCUAUAACUGAAAAGACAGGGCUCCAAUAUUUUCACUGGUUAUUCCGUCUCUCUCUCUAUCUCUCUCUCCUGGUCUUGAGAGUGGUAGAAUAAUGUGGAAAUCGUUGGUGAAUUCAGAGAAUAAUAUCACAAAUGUUAGAAUUCAGUACCAUUUUGUCACAUUUUUUGGAUAAACUGCGUGAUUUUGAGGUGCUAGCUUUUAGUUAAAAGGAAAUCUCAAAGUUUAAACGAAUGUUGGUGAAAUUGGCUGAUUAAUACGAGCAUGGGAAAUUUGAGUAUCAUCAUCACAGUCUUGAUCGGAGCCCUUUUUCUGCCAAGCAUUCCAUUCUCCCAUUGCUAUACUGAUGUUCAAGAUGUAUUUGCAAUUAACAGCUUAUAUGCGGCUCUGGACUCACCUCCAAUUCCUGGAUGGGUUGCUCUUGGAGGAGAUCCCUGUGGUGACAUGUGGCAGGGUGUCCAAUGUACUUUUGCUAACAUUACUGCAAUUGUACUCAAUGCCGCGAAUUUAGGGGGACAGCUUGGUGCGGCAUUAGGAAACUUCACAUCUCUAAUAACAAUUAACCUGAGCAACAAUCAUAUUGGGGCCACUAUCCCGGACAGUUUACCCCCUCACUUGCAACAGCUAUUUCUUUCAGAUAAUCAGUUCAUAGGGACUAUACCGAGUUCCUUAUCAGAACUAUCUCUUUUGUUAGACAUGUCACUCAACGACAAUCUCUUAACAGGACCAAUUCCAGAUGCCUUUCAGGCCCUUUCGAGUAUUAUUAAUCUGGAUCUGUCUAAUAAUAAUAUAACUGGACAGUUGCCAGCCUCCAUGCAAGACCUGUCUUCUUUGACUACACUGCACCUGCAAAAUAAUCAAUUGUCUGGAAUUCUUGAUGUCCUGGAAAAUCUUCCUCUAAAAAAUUUACAUAUAGAGAACAAUUUGUUCUCCGGACCAAUACCUCCAGCUUUGUUCAAUAUCCCUGACUUUGUUAAGGAUGGGAAUCCAUUCAAUACUACUCCAGCCCCAUCACCACCGCCACAUGUCAUAUCACCUCCUCCUAUUUCCAAUUCACCAGUCUCUGAAGUACCUCCAAGGAUGCAUGCACAGGGACCCUCAUCUACUCAAUCUGGUUCUGACUUGGAUGCUGGAAGUAGAAAAUUCUUGGCAACGAAAAAUAUUGUUGGCUUAUCAGCUGCUGGAGCUGUUAUUAUCGCAUUUGUGGUAUGCUCUUUAAUUUUCAUCGCAUGUCGAAAGAGAAAAUCAAGGAACAGACCUAGUAAGACACAAGAAAUGGGCAAAGAAUCCCCAAAGAAACAACUACUUGCUGACUCAUUGGUCCGGCCUUCUAAUCCUUCUAAGAAAGAUCACGAGGGAAGAGUUCAGAAGCAAGGAGAUGAGCACCAUGUUAAUAUGGUUGCGACUGAUGCAAAUUUGAAGCAGCCUCCUGGAGAGAAUGCGACAAAAAUGCCUGUAAAGAAAUUAACAUGGAGGCCAAUCCAGAAGAAUCCAAACAAUUCAAUAUCUGCAGUACCUUAUACUAUUGCAUCUCUUCAGCAGUUUACAAACAGUUUUGCACAAGAAAACUUGAUUGGAGAAGGUUCUUUAGGUAGAGUUUACAGGGCAAAGCUUUUUGAUGGAAAGCUUUUGGCCGUGAAAAAGCUAGACAUUCCGUCUCCCUUGAUGCAGUCUGAUGAAACGUUUCUAGAGCUGGUAUCAAGCAUCUCAAAACUACGACAUGUUAAUAUUGCUGAGCUUGUUGGUUAUUGUUCAGAACAUGGCCAGCAGUUGUUGGUCUACGAGUACUAUGGUAAUCGAACCCUACAUGAGGCCCUCCACUUGGGGGAUGAAGUUGGCAGAAAGUUGUCUUGGAAUGUCCGUCUAAAGGUUGCCCUUGGAGUUUCAAGAGCCCUGGCAUACCUCCAUGAAGCCUGUGAGCCUCCAGUAGCACAUCAGAACUUCAAGUCAGCUAAUAUUCUCUUUGAUGAAGAGAUGUCUGCUCGCCUCUCUGAUUGUGGUUUGUCUGCACUGAUAUCUUCUGACCUUAUGAGCCCGAUUCCCUCCCUUGCGCUUGGGUCAUUUGGUUACAGCCCCCCAGAGGUGUCCAUGUCAGGGGCUUACACUCUUCAAAGUGAUGUUUAUUGUUUUGGAGUUGUGAUGUUAGAACUUCUUACUGGGCGUAAACCCUUUGACCGGGAACGCCCUAGAGGGGAGCAUUCAUUGGUUAGAUGGGCAGCUCCUCAGCUUCAUGACAUUGAAGCCUUGUCGAAAAUGGUGGAUCCUGCUCUAAGUGGAAACUAUCCAGCAAAAUCUUUGUCACGGUUUGCUGACAUUAUUUCUUUAUGUGUUCAGCCAGAGCCAGAAUUCCGACCACCAAUGUCAGAGAUUGUACAGGCACUUGUAAGAAUGAUUCAGAGAGAAAACCCAACUAACAAGAAUUCGAGAUCAAAUGGAGGAUUGGAUCCAGAGCAUCAUGCCUCAUCCUCAAGACCAUAAUCGUUGGUACCUCUUUCAAUUCAUCCCUGAAAAGGAACUGGAAAAUGGGGAAAUCCAGAAUCCAUUCUCCAGAAAAUCCUAGGGAAGCUAACCAUUAUCUUGAGAGAUCAAUGUGGUCUGUCCAUUCUUUCUUGGGUCUUAAAUUGUGACAUAGUUGCAGGGCAUUGAUUUUUUAUUUGGAAUUUAGCCCUAAUUGAUUUAAGUUUUACCCUUUUUCUUUCCUGGUUUUGAAAGCAGUGUUUAACUUGUAUUAGAAAUCGGAUUAGUUUCUGAACGGCUGGUUCAGAUUUUCAAAAGGUGAUGUUCGGUUGUUUGAUCUUACUAUCCAUUGUAAUACAGUGCCUUUAGUUCACUUGAGCUGAGGAUUAAAUAAUUGUUUACAUUUAAUUACUAAUGCUUUCCAUGUGA